CACACUAUUAAAAAAAAGAAGAAGAAGCAGUGAAAAGUGCCGCUGAAAAAUUGUAAAAAGUAAUGAAUUUGGGAAUUAAACAAGGCGAAUAGUGUUUAUAAACAGCCUCAAAAUGGACGUGCAGCCGCCGCGAGACGCGAGUUUACGCAAUAUUAUCGACAAGCUAGCGGAGUUUGUGGCCAGAAAUGGUCCGGAGUUUGAGGCCAUAACCAAACAGAAGCAGCAAAAUAACCCGAAAUUCGAGUUUCUUUACGGCGGCGAAUUCGCAAGCUACUACCAAUUUCGGGUGGCAGCGGAACAGACAUUGCUCAAGCAGCAGGGUAUGAACCAACAACUGCCACCGGGUGGACAGCCCGGCCAUUACAUGCAACAUCCGCCGCCAAUGCAGCAAUCCCAGCCACCUGGUCACUAUCCUCCACCCAAUCAGCAGCCACAACACCCGCCAGAAAACGCACAAGAUGGUAUGCAGCAGCAACAGCCGCACUCUUGGCCACCGAACUCUGGCAACGGGGGACCGCCAAACAAUCAGCAAGCAAAUGGCAAUGCCAUAGCCAUGAAUCUUUCACCCCAACUGGACGCCAUUAAGAUGCAGCAGAAGACGCUGCGGGAACAGAUCAAGCAAUCCGAAGCGAAUCUUUCCGCACAGCACACGGCCCUGAUGAACCAGAAGACGAAGCAGAUCGACGAGGCCAUCGCGGCGGCGCAGACGACGCAGCAGGAGCAGAUGGCUGGCGAACAGGGCAUUGUGCUGAGGGACUUCGAUGGCGUCCUGCAGCCGAUCAUCGAGUCCUGCACCAAGGACAGCAUCUCUGCAGGCAAGAACUGGAUUUUACAGCAUUCAACCGACAGCGCAAAAAUCAAUGUCGUUUUACAAUAUCUUUUAAAGAAGGCUUUGGUCAAUGGUUCAACGUUUCAGCAAAAAUUGCAUCUUAUAUAUUUAGUUAAUGAUAUACUCCACCACUGCAUGCGCAAGAACAUCAAUGACUUGAAGAACAGCCUUGAGAACGUCGUUAUUCCGAUGUUCUGCAGCGCCGAAUUAAUUGCCAGCAAUGACCAGCGUCAAAAACUGGCCAAACUUCUGUCGUUGUGGGAAUCCAAGGCCAAGUUCUUUGAUGCUUGCGUCAUCUCGAAGCUGCAGUCGCCGGACUCAUCCAUGCAGGAGUACAAAACCAAUCUGCAGAACACGCAUCAUGAAAUAGUCGCGAAGUUCACGCAGAACACAAAGUCCACCUUGGACAAUUACCAAAAACAGCACCAGAUAUUUAUUCAACAUGCCAGCCAGCAGAUUGCCCAACUCGAGAAGCAGGCGCAGCAUUUGGAGCAGCAGAUAAUGGUGGCCCAAAACUCGCAGCAACAACAUAUGCUUCAGCAUCAAGGUCCCGGCGGUCCCCAGCAAAACAAGAACAUACCAUCGUUAAUGUCCCACCGCGUACCGAUGCCUGGGGAUCGCGAGCACAUGAACAAUCAGGGCCCUCCGGGUCCUCAUGAUCAACAGAAUCCGCAGGCGGGGAACAAUAUGUAUCCUGGUGGCAACUUUCACCAGCAGCAGCAGCCACCCGGCAAUCCCUUUGCGGAUCCGCGGGGACCGAACUUUUUCAUUCCGGACAUGUCGAAACCACCGCCAGGCUUCGCCGCGCCCAUGCACCACCAUAAUCAGGGACCACCGAUGGGACAUCCGCAGCAGCAACAGCAACCACAACCGGGACAAUUUCAGCAAAUGCAGGGCCAAGGAAGUGGCAAUGAACCUCCUGUUGAUCUCGGCGUGCUCAGUGCAGCGAUUCAGGCGUGCUUGCAGAUGCAGCACCAGCAGCAACACCAUCCCGACGACCCACAGCAGCAAGGUCAGCACCAAAUUCAACAACAACAGCAGCAACAACACCAACAACAGCCGCCGCAGCAACAACAGCCGAUGGCUGCGUACCCCCAAAGCCUGGUCAGACCCGGCCAGCCAAAGGGUGAUCAGGAUGUGGAUAUCGAUGUGCUUAAUGCGGCCAUUCGGGCGGUGAUAACCAAUCAACCAGAAGACGGUUCAAUGCAAGAUGGCCAACAAACGCAACAAUCGGGCGAGGCGGAAUCCAGAGAACCUGUUGUGAUCGGAGAGCCGCAAAUACCUACAGCGCCUUAUUACGACUUGCCAGCUGGCCUAAUGGUGCCCCUUAUUCGUUUGGAGGACUACAACUACAAAGCCCUCGAUCCAGCGGACAUUCGACUGCCAGCUCCUGCGCCGCAAAGCGAGCGACUGACAAACGCUUUGAACGCCUUCUAUUCCGCACCCUCGCACGAUCGCCCCAGGGAUAAUGAGGGCUGGGAAAAGCUUGGUCUCUAUGAGUACUACAAGGUGAAGAAUGCGGCGCGAAAGCAAAAAGAGGAGGAAAUCAAGGAUGGCGUGCGGGAAAAGUCACGCUCGCCCAGUCCAAUUGUGCUCGAGAAACCCUUACCAAAAAAAAGCAACAAGCGCGUCUAUCGAUCGAAGAGUCGGAGUCGCUCCCGUUCAAAUACGCCGCCCCAUCGCGACAGAUCAGCCUCUCGCUCCAGGUCAAGAUCACGAUCUUUGGAGCGCUCCUCAACGCCGCCGCCGAUGAACCGAAACAGGAUGGGUGGUGGAGGUAUGGGAGGAAGUGGAAUUAGCAAUCGCAAGGGUCGGAAUCGAUCGCCUCGCCAUGAACGAGAAAACAAUAGUAGUAACAUGAUUAGCAAUCGUGAGAAUCGCUUGGAACGCACCAAUUCCAACAGCAGCAAUAAUGGCAACAACACAAACCUAAGGCGUGUAGAUCGUGACAGAUCUCCAACUCCUCCGAGUUUCAUGGGAAGCACCUUCGCCAAACCGCAGGAAUUCAUUGAGGAAACAAACAAGGGCCACCAGAUGCUCAUGAAAAUGGGCUGGGCGGGCACUGGAACUGGAUUGGGCUCAAAGAACCAAGGCAUAGACACGCCAAUAUCUGGCGGCGAGGUGCGGGAUCGUCGGGAAAUGUACAAGGGAGUGGGUGCCAAUAUGCACGAUCCUUUUGAGAGCUUCCGCAAGAACAAGGGUGCUGCCUUCGCACAUCGCAUGCGUUCGCGGGAUGACAAGAGUUAGGAUCUGCCACAGGCCAACAACUCUGACGUUUUUUGUUUCCUUUAGCCAAGAAAAAAUACAUUUUUAUAAAAGCAAA